GACAGCCCACAUUCGUUUUCAUCGCGACCCUCUGUCCCGAUCAAUGCCUUCGCAAUCAUCCCAGCCACGCCAUCUUUAACCUCGACUCGAUUGAGAAGAAGGCUCGCUCUCCUGAGAAGCUGGCAGCCCACCACCACAACGCACCCUCUAUCGAUACUCAUGGGUAAAUGGCGAUGGGGAGUUAUCCUGGACGCGGGUUCGUCAGGAACUCGAGUCCACGUUUAUCGAUGGCUCAACGCGGCGAGAGCACGACAAGAUGCGAAACCCGACGAGCUACUGAGUCUGCCAAAGCUCGAGACGAAGUCGUCCUAUACCAAGAAGAUCAAGCCAGGAGUGUCGACGUUCGGUGACCGGCCAGGGGAUGUAGGGCCAGAACAUCUGCAGGAGCUCCUGGAUCACGCAUUGAAUAUUGUUCCCGAAGACCAAGUGAAGGAUACACCCAUAUUUUUGAUGGCGACAGCAGGUGUACGAUUGCUAGAACCGAUACAGCAAAAGGCGCUCCUGAGUGAGAUUUGUUCGUAUGCUCAAAAGCACACUGACUUCUCGUUACCCGACUGCGAUCUUCACAUUCAGGUUAUCCCUGGGGAGACGGAGGGUCUGUAUGGAUGGAUCGCUGCGAACUAUCUGUUAGGAGGCUUCGAUAAUCCAGAUCAGCACAACCAUGGGAAAGGUCACCAUACAUACGGAUUCCUGGAUAUGGGUGGUGCAUCAGCACAGAUUGCGUUUGCACCAAAUAGUACUGAGGCCGAGAAACACGCAAAUGACCUGAAACUUCUUCGAAUGCGGACGCUGAACGGUGAUGCCGCAGAGUACAGGGUGUUCACAACCACAUGGUUAGGAUUUGGUGUUAAUCAAGCCCGAGAGCGAUAUGUGGAAGCACUGAUGGAUGCAUCAUACACGAAAGCUGCUCAUGAGCUUCUAGAUCCCUGCUUACCGUCAGGUCUCAAGACUACACUCAAAGGCAAAGUGACUGAUGGGGUUGAUAUCUCGGAACCGGUUCUGGUCGGUACAGGAUUGUUCGAUGAAUGUCUCCGACAAACAUAUCCUCUGCUCGAGAAAGAUGCUCCUUGUGCGGAUCAACCAUGUUUGUUGCACGGUCAACAUGUUCCCGCCAUAGAUUUCGAGGUCAAUCACUUUGUGGGCGUUUCUGAGUACUGGCAUACAACACACGAGGUCUUCGAAAUGGCACACAAAGAUAAAACAUACGACUUCACAACAUAUCAACGGAUGGUCAAGGACUUUUGCAGCGAGGAAUGGGACGAUAUUUCGGAGAAUGUUAUAGCUGAAAAAUGGGGUAAAAAGGUGGAUGCAAAGACUGCACAAGAAGUGUGUUUUAAGGCUUCUUGGUUGAUCAAUGUUCUGCACGACGGUAUCGGGGUGCCAAGGAUCGGCAUCGAGAAGAGUACGCAUGGAUCUGGUUACAAUGGCACCAAAGAAGUGGCAGCUCACGCCAAAGACAAAGGAUUCCUGGAUCCAUUCCAAGCCGUGAACAAGAUUGAUGGAAUGGAAGUGAGCUGGACACUAGGGAAAAUGGUACUCUAUGCGGCCGGACAAGUUCCACCAUCAGCACCAGAAGCUGGACCAGUUGGAUUUGGUCCAAACAUCGGCGCUGGAGAAUUCCAAGAAGCUGGAUCAAAUUCAAAUCCUGUUCCCAUUGGAGAAGAGGAUAGCUGGACAGAGGCUGCUGAGGACUUGGCCGAGAAGGCACAUUCCCGAUCGACUCCUGGAUUCCUGCUCUUCAUGCUCAUCUUGAUCUUUGUGGGCUAUUUCUUCCGAAAACGAGAACGAAGAAUGAGGUUCUACAGAGGCGUCAACGCCCUACGACGAAAUAGACGACCAGGAAGCCCUAGAAAGGGAGGACGAGGAUUCUUCGGUACAGGCAAACUCUUCGGACGAAGCUCUGGCAACUACGAACGUGUGCUCGAAGAUGGAGAAGCUGCAAAUGAGUUUGAACUCGGAGACGUUGACUCGGAUGACAACGAACAUUCUGACAGCAGUGGUGGUUCUAGGAUAGGACGUACAUCUGGCCUCGCUACCCCAAAGAUGAAUGUCGUUAACUUCGACUCUGGAAACUAUUUUGAAGGAACAGCAGGGAAUGUAGAAGGAGUCGGUCUAGGAUUGAACCACCUCAGCAACGUCAACGCAUUCGACAGAGCAGGACUGGUAGUCCGAACCGAAAGUCGAGAAAGGCUAGCUCCCAACCUCCAAAUGCUAGGAGCGGGAAGGAGAAGCAGGACAGGAUCUCCAACGAGGAUGAAAAGUCCCUUGAUGACGCCGCUGGAAGAGUAAAUCACACAUACAAUAAUUAGCGAGGCGCUUUGUUUGGAUCAUUGGAGUUUUCGUGGGCCCGGGUGGGCAGUAGGUUUGCUUUGAAUUGAAUGGAAUGAAGGAUGAGUGCAUCAUUCUUGUACAGAUACUUUACGGGCCGAACAUGGCGAGCAUGCAUGACCUAUAAUACUAUUAUGGGUCGGACUAGGAAGGGGAUAGGAAUUGUAAUUGAAUAUAUCAACUUCUGAGAAUACAUUUGUUUGUGAAUUAUCCAUUUCAUAGUGCCUUCGGUCAAAGUUAUCUAAUUCUAACACUUCUGUGCUAGAGUUUGUACAAAGGUAAUAGUCGGUUCUUGAUACCCACUAUUACUAUCCUGUUGCAUACAGAAAGUGUCAAAUAUAAUCGAUACUUAGCUUCAGCUGUUCUACCUAUUGUUUACACAAAUUUUUCAAUCCAGUCAAUUACU